AUGGCGGCCAGCCUCCGCUGCCCCCACUCGCCGGCAACCGGGCCGCUGGACGACGAUGACCUCCUCCGCGAGGUACUGCUCCGCCUUCCCCCGCAGCCGUCGUCCCUCUCCCGCGCCUCCGCCGUCUGCAGGCGCUGGCGCCGCCUCGUCUCCGACGCCGGCUUCUGCCGCCGCUUCCGCAUCCACCACCGCCGCAACCCUCCUCUCCUAGGUUUCUUUCAUAGGUAUCAACGUCUGCCCUUCCUACCAACUUUGGAGGCUCCCAAUCGUAUCCCUCCCGGACGCUUCUCCCUGCAGCGCGAUGAUGGCGACCACUUCCUUUCUCUCGGAUGCCGCCAUGGUCUCUUGCUCAUCCUCCUUAUCAAGCGUCUGCAGGUCCUGGUCUGGGACCCCGUCACCGGCGACCAGCACCGCGUUGCCAUUCCCCCGUGGAUUGCGGCACGUGCGGAGAAGACAGUGAUCAACGGGGCGGUGUUCCGUGCUUCAGGAGACGUCCAGUUCCAGGUCGUCCUGGUAAUGGCAGACGGAGAUCACAACAACUGUAGACGGGCGUUUGCUUGCGCUUACUCGUCACACACUGGCUUAUGGGGGGACCUCAUCUCAACACCGAUUACAUCUGAGGUACUUUUUCAGGAUGCCGCCGUGAUGGUUGGGAAUUCCCUUUACUGGCUGCUUGAUGGUGGAAUUCUUGAGUUCGAUUUGGAAAGGCAAAGGCUAGCUGUGAUACAAGUGCCAGUACUUGAUAUCUCUGUACACGACGACUUCACAAUUACACGGGCAGAGGGUGGUGGGCUUGGUUGUCUCCUUUUGUUAGACUUCACCGACCAAUUAUGGAAUAGGAAGACCGAUUGUAACGGCGUUGCAGCAUGGGUGCUAGCAAGAACUAUUGAACUGGACAAGCUACUUUCCUUAAAUCCAGAUGAGAAGAGAAGGCCUCUGACGAUAGUUGGAUUUGCUGAGUGCAAUAAUGUGGUGUUCAUGCGCACAGUUAGUGGCAUCUUCAUGAUCCAGCUUGAGUCUUUGUUGCAGUUCAAGAAAUUUCCCGAAACCAGCAUUAUGUUUGGCCAUCCAUUUGAAAGUGUCUAUGCUUCAGGUAAUUGCAUGCCUUAA